AUGUAUCUAUCGGUAGCAACUAGACCAGCCAUUGCGUACAGUGUAAGCGUACUGAGUCAAUAUAAUGAAAACCCGAAACAGGAGCAUUGGGGAGCAGCCAAGAAGGUCUUCAGAUAUCUCCGAGGAUCGUCCGAUAAGAAGCUGAUCUUUGAAGGUCCGCUAGAUAAAAUUGUAGGUUACUCCGACGCAGACCAUGGAAGUGACGAAGAUGUCUCCAGAUCGUAUACUGGAUCCAUAUUCAAAUUAGGAGGCGCAGCGAUAAGUUGGAAAUCGAAGAAACAGCGCGCAGUAUCAAUUUCGUCAACAGAAGCGGAGUACAGAGCACUCACUGAAGCUACAAAAGAGUCCGAAUAUUUAAGAGGAUUACUUAUAGAACUCAAUAUAUCGAGUCUCUCGGAUGGUCUUAUAUAUUGUGAUAAUCAGAGUGCAAUUCAACUGACAACGGCGACAAAAUCCCACGACCGCUCGAAGCACGUCAGAAUACAUUUUCAUUAUGUUCAAAAGGCAGUAAAGGACCAGUCAAUCCUAUUACUACACAUCAAUUCGGAUGAAAAUGUUGCCGACAUCCUGACCAAAGCAUUGCCAGGGGAAAAACAAGAGAAGUUCACCAAAGCUUUGGGAGUAAAAAACAGGAAAAAAUUCAGCGCGUGA